AUGUUCAAAAAUGUUGUUUUAUUGUAUAAUUAUUUAUUUUUUAUAUUUUUAAAUCAUUUUAAUAUAAUUUUUGUAAUUCAUUGUAAUUUCGCCUAUUCCAUCUCAUACAACAACAAAUUCAUAAAUAAUAUCGAGAUUCUAAACAAAAGAAACAAUAUUUCAAAGAAUAAUAACUUGUUAUAUCCAUACCUAUUCAUUUAUAAUAGAAUUUACAACAAAUGUUGUAAAAAUGAGCCAUUUCGAGCCAAUUCUGAUACUAAACACACCUUAACAUCAACUUUACAACACAAUUAUAAUGAUUUAAAUGAAAAAAUUAAACAUAGAAUAGAAUCUGAGUCUUCAUGUUUGCUAGAGGAUAAUUUAAAUAAGAGUGAUUUUGUACAAGAAUUGGCAAGACUAGGAAGGUCAAUUUACUCUAAUAUACCUACACCCACACUCUUUAAAUCAGUACCUAAUGGAAUAAACCUUUUAAAGUCAUUCAACUCAAACGAUUUUAAUUCCUUAGGAUGCAAUGGAAGAGAUUACUUUCUAGUGAAGUCACCAGUUCCAGUAGAUUAUAAACUACUCGAUGACUGCUCUUCAUCAAUAUACAUAUCAAUACACCUAGAUAAGGAUAAGAAAAUAUAUUUAGAUGGGAUUUCUGAUAGUUUUGUAUUUAAAGGGAUUAUAUCGUUACUAAUAUCGUUGAUUGGCUGGAAAAAUUCUACGGAAGUGGAAGUUGAUAACGUGAAGAAACAUAAAUUCUUUAAAAAAGUCAUUGAUCAUGGAAUAAUUAGUGAAAAUUCACUUAACUCGAUUUUAAAUCACAUUAAAAAUGAGUUGAAAAAACAAGAUAAUCCAACAAAAGGGCCCAAAAGGACAUCGAUGUUCCAGUCACCAAGAUCUAAAAAGAGAGUUGCGGUACUUGUGAGUGGAGGAGUUGAUUCAUCUUUGGCGUUAUGGAUUAUGAAGAGUCGAGGAUUCGAUGUACAAGCAUUUCACUUAAAAGUGAAUGAUCUUUCGAAUGGACCAGGACUGUGCUCAUCAAAUGAUAUCUCAUACGCAAUGGAAGUGUGCAAUAUCCUGCGAGUAACUCUUCACGUUCUACCCUUCUCACAAGUUUACGAUAAACACAUACUAUCUGAUGUACUCGAUGAUUACAGGAAAGGAGAAGUUCCGAAUCCAGACAUUUUGUGCAAUAGUAGAAUUAAGUUUGGGGAGUUUUUGAAAAUGGCAACUGAUUGGGGGUUUGAUUACGUUGCCACAGGACAUUACGCAACUCUGUGCGACGACUUUUUUACAAAAGAACAAAUUAAAUCACCCAGCUAUUUGGAUGGAUGCACAUCAAUCAAUGGGUACUACCGAAUUAAAAGGCUGUGCUUAUCCACUGACACCGUAAAAGACCAGACUUACUUCCUGAGUAGACUUAAUCAGAAUCAAAUGUCUAGGUUAAUAUUUCCAAUUGGUAACAUUUUAAAGACCCAGGUGCGAGAUUUUGCUAAAACAGUCGGUCUUCCAACAUAUAAUAAGAAGGAUUCCUUCGGAUUAUGCUUCUUAGAGGACUUGGAUUUAUCGGAAUAUUUAACAAAGACACUGGGUGAGAGUCGAGGUCCCAUAGUUGAAUAUGAAACUAAUAAAGUCAUUGGUGAGCAUAACGGUUUGUACAACUUUACAAUUGGACAAAAGAAGACUAUAAACAAUUAUCUAAACCCUAAACAUGUCGGAAAUACACCAAAAUAUGUCGUUAAGAAGGAUAUUUACAAAAACACACUCUACGUGAGUGCAAGUUACAAUGAGGAUUUUUUCACUAAUCCUAGAGGAAUUAGGUCAAGUUUUAAAGUUAGAGACUUUUUUUGGAAUACUCCAGACUAUAAAGAUUUGAUAAAUAAAGUUCAAUCUGAAGUUUCAGAUAAUUUUAAAUUUAAAGUUAAGUUAAGGCACACACCAAAUUACAACUACUGCAACAUUAAUUUUAAAGGCGAUGAAGCCACUGAUCUGCAAAAAUGGUUACCAACAACAUAUGAGUUAGCAGCAGCAACAAUAGCUUCCGUGGACAAUUCUAAAUGCAGCAUUAAAAUGAUCCAAUUGAUUUUAACUUUUUGCACUAUUGAAGAUGUUGGAUUCAUACAUACCGCCGACUCCAAGGCCACAACUAUCGCAUUGUUUUUCAUAUUUGGAAGCAAUAAAGAUGAAAAAGAUGGAACGUCAAUUGAACUUGAGGAUAUUGUUCAUGAACCAGCGCCUUCAGAACAUGGCUCAAAAAAAUCACCUUCUGAACUGCACAUUUAUGAAAUUGGCAAACCCAUUGAUUAUUUAGAUUGGAAACAACAUAAAAGAACAAAUUCAUCACAAUCAGGCCGUAAUGGCACACAUGGUAAGACUCAUACAGAAAAGCGUAGGAAUUCUGAUCCAACUAAGAGAUCAAAAGUACACAAACCACAAAGAAUUACAUCAGAAUUAGAACAAAAAACAAAACCGAAUAGUCCUCAACAAACCACUACUAAACAACAAACUAAUACUAAAGAACAAAAUACUAAUAAACAACAAAGUAGUGUUGAACAAAAGACUAAAGCUGAUCAGUCGGGACCUAUUACAAGACCUUUUAUAUCUCCUUCAGUAUUAAAACCUUCAGAAAAAGCAGAAAGAGUAUUUUCCAGUAAUGAAAAACCAGCUGUUCAACAGAGAUUAUUUAAGCCAAGAGAGAACAAAUAUCAAAAAAGGACAGAGAGAUAUGACACUGAUAUGGACUUUGAAAAGAUUUUCAACCCAGUCCACGAAAAUGCAAAGGAUGAUGAACCUGGAAGUUAUAUGCCAUUUGAAUCGAUAUAUGAUUUAUCGUUAGAUAAAUGCAGGUUAAAUAAGGCGUUUCCUCCCAAGGGGAAACCUGCUGGCCAUAAAUUUGAAUGUAUUGAUCUGGAUGUCAUAAGAGUAUCCAAAGAUUUCAAAAACAUUUCACUAGUUAAUGCUAAUGUAAUCCAUCCCAAAUCAAAUACUCAUAAGAUUUGCAAGAUAUCUUUUGACAACAAGGUUUUGGUUGAUAAAGUUGAUGACAGCAUGGAGUUCACUGCGGUGGUUCUUGAGCACGUCAGGUCAAUAAGUAUUCUCUCUGUAAUUUCAACAAAUCCAAAUAUGGAAAGAUCUGCAAUACAGUUUGUUAUAACGGGAAAGGACAAAAUAAAUGUAAUGAAUGAUUACGUUUCUGUAAUGUCGACAAUAUUAAAAUCAGAACUAUAG